GUAUGUGAUACGAGAUUAAUACUUAACCAAGCAAAAGUGAACAUUAUUCGCGUCGUUUUUGUCUCGUAUCCGCUUCCGUGGUGCAAGUGUACCGAAUGAAACAACCGCUGAGCCGUUUCCUAUAGCUUCGCGGCUGCUUUGCAUGAAGAGGCCAGCUGGGCUGGUCCGUGAACGCACCUCCCUCUUCCUGACUGGACUUUUCUACUUUGGGCCGUACAGAGUCUGCUGACGGGAGUUUUUGGACCGAGACCUUCGCUCCACGCCGCAAGCGGGUCACGCCGAGGACCACAGCCCCAGUCAGACUUUGAACCCGUUACUCGGUGUAAGUGGAGGGGGGAAAAAAGUGCGCUCGGCUAUUUGUUCGAAGCGCUCUCACUUCUUCGUUUGACGCUCCCCCGCUCGUAAAGGAGAAGCAGGCAGCAUCCCUCCAGCUCGCUCUUCGAGUCUUUUUCCCACCGGGUAUCGAGCAACAGGUUGAGUCGCGGCAGUGAGAAGCAAGACGACCAUGCCGAGUAAAAGCCAGUACCUGCGGCCCCGGCUCUGCACGCUGGAUAAAGGCGACAACGGCUACGGCUUCCACCUCCACGGGGAGAAGGGCAAGACUGGCCAGUUCAUCCGGCUCGUGGAGCCAGAUAGCCCGGCGGAAUCGUCGGGGCUCCGCGCCGGAGACCGCCUGGUUUUUGUCAACGGGGACGACGUGGAGAACGAGAGCCACCAGCAAGUCGUGGGCCGGAUAAGAGCCACUUCGGGGCGGCUGGAGCUCGUCGUGGUCGACCCCGACACGGAGCAGCUGCUGAAGAAGCACAACAUCAAGUGUCUGAAGGAGUACGUCGACGACGGGGUCCCGCUGCCUUUCGAGGAUGAAGAGGAAGCCGAGAAGCACCGAGACGAGGCGGACGAGGACAAGGGCUCGGAAAACGGCGAGGAGCGGCGAGCCGGCGGCGACGAAGCGGAGGAGGGGCGAAGCGGGCGGUCCAGGGGGAGCACGCCCGUACCGGACAGGAACGGAGAGAUUCGCGGCGACGUCGAGAGGAAGCUGAGCGUCAAUUCAGACAAGGAGGUGAGCCCCGAGCUGCGACCACGUCUGUGCGUGAUCCGGCGAGAGGCCAACGGAUAUGGCUUCAACCUGCACAGUGAGCGGGCGCGGCCGGGCCAGUACAUCAGAGCCGUGGACGAAGACUCCCCUGCGGAGAGGGCAGGACUGCAGCCCAAAGACAGGAUAGUCCAGGUGAACGGCGUGUCGGUGGAGGGCAAGACGCACUCCGAGGUGGUGGCGACCAUCAAAGCCGGCGGGGACGAGGCCCGCCUGCUCGUGGUCGACCCCGACGCCGAUGCCUUCUUCAAGAGGUGCCGAGUGAUCCCCACCUUGGAACACCUGACCGGUCCACUACCUGAGCCCGGCGUCAAUGGAGGAAUGGACGAGAAGGUGAACGGCAGAGGCACCGAGAGGGACUCCAAGAUGUCAGUCAGCCCUUCGCCAUCCAACGCCUCAUCCAACGCCUCGCUCACAACCCCAACGACAAGCACCCCACCCGACGGUGUGGCGACGGAGGCCAUCCCAGCUCUAAACAUGAGCCUGCAGCAGGUGAAAGAGCUGGCCCAUCAGAAACGCUCCAAUAAGAGAGCCCCGGCCAUGGACUGGACCAAGAAAAAUGAACUAUUCAGCAACCUAUAGGGCCUUCGGCUCGCCCGACACACAACUACUACUACUACUAUGACAACUGCAACACCAUUUUGUGUUGUGGUGAUGCCCUCAAGCAUCAGAAAAGGCCCUUUUUUCAAGAAAAAAAUCCUGUGUCAUGAACAUUCUAUUAGUCCCUUCAUUUCUAUCCGUGAAAAGAUAGUCCACAAAUGAUCUAACUGUAACGUACUACUAACCGUGAACGACAACUGGACUGUUCGAAAUGUGUGUGCGUGCGUGCGUGUGUGUGCCUGCUGCUACACCCACUCACCUGACAAUCACUUUAGUUUAUUGGAUAAUCAGUCAGAGUGGAUCAAACGUCUUAAAGUGUAUUUCUGUACUCUUGUUAACAAUCAUUUUGUGGGGGUAUUUGCUUCUAAUAACAGCACAUCUGAUUCCAUGUUAGCACAAUUUUUUGAGAUGUUAGAGAGAAGAAAAAAAUAGGGUGAAUGUCAUUGCUGUGCUUCAUGAAUGGGUUUUUAACUGGGAAAGGAAAAAAAGGCGCACUGAUAGCUUUAAACAGGACUGAUUUUAAAAGGGGUUUCUCUCAUCAUGUAUAUAUGAUAUAUCAUGUAUAUUUUUUUUCCAUUUUUAAUAGAAUCAACUCCAAAAUGAAAGUCGGAUAAAGCCUUGCAUCUUUUAGUCUGUGAUUGUUUUAAACAUGUCUUAUAUGCUCAUUAAAAAAAAAACACAUUGUAAAAUGUUUAUUCAUUUCUAGUGAUUUGUAGUUGGUUCAAGAUCAUUUAUGUCUUCAAGAAUGUUUGAGCUACUCUUUAGAUUUGUGCGCUCCUGCUACUCUAGAUUUGUGCGAUUAUUUUCCAAACGAAAGAUUGACUUGUGUGAAGUUGUUGUACAAGCCGGCCUUUGUAAGCAAGGAGUGAAGAGUCUAUUGUAAUAAAGCAUUAUCUUAUGA